AUGAUCACCAUCAUUCGCCCGUAUGAGCCACCGCCAGAUUAUCCGUUCGACGACGAAACGAGCAACGAAAACGAGGAAAAACGAGGCGAUUCAUCGAACGUUUCAAAGGAAACCUCGAUUCUUACCUCAAAAUUUCCCAAGAGAACCGAUGGGAAUGAGAUGCUGAGAACAAGACAAUAUCCGGAGGUAGCCGGACUUUAUUGUGGCGAUGAGAAAGUUCCAGCUCUCAGGAGAUUCACUAGGUAUAAUCAGUCGAUGAGUCAACGUGAACACCCCUCAAACACAAUUCCCGUUCAAUCAUUCACUUCUAAUGGAAGUUGCACAAAAUCUUUCACAAAGAAAUCGCAUUUUAACUUUGGAAAUUGGACUUUCCGGGAGAAGAAACAGAGUCGACCGGGUUUGCCAAUCGAAAUGCAACCAAAAAGAUAUGAACGUCCAGCCUCGAAAGACCAAAAGAAGAGACACAAGAAUACAGCUGUAGAAUUCCGAUUCGUGUGGAACGAGUGCCAUUGCAAGAAAGCGUUCGCUCGACAAAUAAUCGUGUCUUUUUUUCGAAGUCAACCCCCGCCUCAACAAAAAGUUUUAAACUAUUCGCCUGAACGGAAUCAAUCAAUCCUAGAACGGAAUCAACCCUAUCAAACACCAAAGUUUAAAUCAGAAACAUCUCUUGAAAAAGCAGCUACUCUUCAACAGGAAAAUGAUUCAUUAUGUGUAAAUUUGGGUGAACAUCGAAUUAGUAAGAAAAGGAAUCGACGAAGAGACAAAACUCGAGAUGCUUGGAGGAGUAAAGAAGUGACGAAUUGGAGUCUCGAUGAUAUUCUCGUUUGGUUGCAAGCAAUUCGAUUAGAUGAAGUGGCCUCACUUUUUGUUGGAUAUGAUUUAAAAGGACCUGAUCUCAAUCAAUGGGAUCAUCAAAUCCUCACUCAACUUGGCGUAAACGAUUCAAGAAUUCGCUCAAAGAUUCUCACAGAACUGGAAAUUGUGAGAAAAGGGGGACCAUUGAAAGAUGUGCGAAACACUGAGUUUGAUCAGGUAUUAGCAUUUGAGACAGCUCUAACCCCAAGAGAUCUCUCUGUAACUGGCGGUAGAAUGGGAUGUCUUCAAGUAACGAAAGUUGACGGAUCGUGUCUUCCAUUUAAAGAAAAUGAUUGUCUUCUUGAGAUCAAUGGUGUGUCGGGGGAACAUUUUAAAUCAGCGUUGAUGCUCACAAAAUUCAUCAGUGAUGCUGAUGGGCAACCGAUUCGUUUUGUGAUUUUGAGAAGAAAAGAAAAAGAAGACGAUUCGACUAGCCAGACGGACUCCUCAUCCGGGAUUUCCUCAUCUCCUCUUACUCCCGUCGAAAAUGUCGUG